CACGCUCUGAUAACAUCCACAUGCAGAGUCUCUGAUCCGCCAGAAGUGAGACUGAACGGCGCUGACUCCACAACCCACCAGUCCAGUCUGAAACUCUCCUCACCUCUACGUGCGUGUAUGGGACUCAGCCUCCAAGACUGAUCACUCCUGGCAGCCCCAACAGAACAACAUCCAGGCACAGAGACAUCAAUCCUGCGACCAGCAAAAGCUCCACCACUCUCAAGGAUGUAUCGAACACUUGUCUUUCUCCUCUUGGUGGGGAUGUUAAUGGUAAGAGUGGAGAUGAAGAAAACCAGGCCUCAAGGAGCCAUCCCACCUCCAGACAAGGAAAGCACCAACAGCUCAGAGAAACGCACACAUCGGAGACAGGACGUGCUCGCCUCUAGUCAAGAGGCACUUGUGGUCACAGAGAGAAAGUACCUGAAGAGUGACUGGUGUAAGACUCAGCCCCUUAGACAGACCAUCAAUGAGGAUGGUUGCAUGAGCCGAACUGUCAUCAACAGGUUCUGUUACGGGCAAUGCAACUCCUUCUAUAUCCCCAGGCAUGUUAAACGGGAGCAAGAAUCCUUCCAGUCCUGCGCUUUCUGCAAGCCACAGAAAUUUACUACCCUGACUGUCAAACUUAACUGCCCUGACCUGGAGCCUCCCUUCAGACACAAGAAAAUCCAACGGGUCAAGCAGUGCAAAUGUAUAUCAGUCAACGUGAAUGACUGGAGCAAGCAGUGAGAUAAGAUUAACAGUCAUAUCUCGCAGUCAGUAGGAAAUAUUCGCACUCUCAGUGCAGGCAUCCGACCAUUACCCAUAAAAAACAAAACCUUGCCCUAAUAUAUGACCAACUUUUCCUUUUCAACGUGGCCAACUUUUUAAGCAGGAAGGACCCUGACACACAGAUGCUGCCCUUAAUAUUAGUAUUCAUUACAGAAAUGGGUGUUAAGUUUAUUUGCUAAUUUUUUUNAAAUCUCACGCUAAUAUUACAAUUCCACUGUGUGGAAAAGCUGACCAGAACUUCAGUCACAGACUCAGCUCUAAACCAGCUGAAGCACAGCUAUCCUUAUCCUGAUUAUCUUUAAAGAUCUUCCAGUCUGGACAUUUUCACUUUCGUUUUGCUCACCACUGUCGCCUGGGAUUUGAUAUGGAUAUGGUGCCAAAACAGAUAGGAGACUUUCUGAUGGUUCAAUUCAGAUAAGAGAAUUUGAGCUCCUUGGACUGUGGAAAGACAUGCACCGUGCUCCUGGAAGCACCCAGAGUUUGCACCUCUAGACUGCAAGAUAACCAAAUUCUGAACAAAGUUUCAUGUGGGAUCCUGCAUUGAAGAUUAUAGUAUAUAUUUAACUACACAAAACAUUGUUUAAAUAUUAUUUUUCCUUCAUUAUGUCUUUUAUAUUUCAACUAGAUUGAUAUCAAUCAUUUUGUAUGUGUACAUAUGAAUUUAUGGCACUUUGCAAACAUAAUCCCAUUGAAGGUACCAGAACAUAGUAAAGGCACUAAAGACAAUGAAGUUUCCUUUAUUUACCCUUUUAAAAAAAAACAAUUAUUGUUAAUAUAUGAUGAAAAUGUAAAUCCGUACAGUUUUGAUCUAUAUUCUUUAUUUUCAUCUUUUUUAUAAACUGCAUGUAGAGACGAUAUUGCUUUGAUUAUUAAAAAACACCAGUUGGCCCUUAUGGAGUUCUCCAUCAUAUCCCCUUAUAAUAGGAUACGGUUAUUCUGAUUCAGAAACAUCAAAAUGCAACACAAGUAAAAGGACACAGUGUUCCCUAAAAGAAAAAGUUGUGCCACGAAAAUUCAGUUAAGCCUGCAGUAAACUGUCAAAAGAAGUUUAUAGAGCAUAAAUGCAGAUUAAGCUGAUCAGUGGGGAAAACCACAUUAGUAGCCUUGCUAUCUCAAAAAUUAAAGCUAUUUCAAGCACUUGAGAAUCCGUUACUGUGUCCAAAAGAUAUUGGGCAUGCUAUAAAGCAGUAAAAUGUCGAUUUGGAGUGCUAAAAGCUUUCUAACUGAACACCACAAUUUAGUUUGUUGAUAGACAAUAAUGUUUUGCUGUGUUGAUAUCAAAAAUUGUUACUGUGGUGCAAUGGAACCAUUAGGACUACAUUCUUUCAGUCAAAUGGGCAUGUAAUAUAGAAAGCACAAGCUCUGAACUGAUGGGGUUACUCAUACAGUUAUAGGUUCAAAAUGCACAAUGCCUUUCACCACGUUUCAUAUUCAUUAACUACAGUUAAUAAUUGUACCCAGCAGACAGCAGACACUAGGUUAGGUUUGAUUUGUUUUGAAGAACUAGGUUUCGGAGAUUUUACUGAAAAUGCUGAUGUGUACUGUUUCUUUUAGUGAUUCUGAUGUGUAGAAAGAUCGCCUUGUACUGCUUGAAAAACUUGCAAAGUUUUUAUGGAUGCUAAAAAAAUGAAGAAAUGCUAUGAAACA